AUGGACAACCUUCGAUGCAACAGACUGACCUGCAGACGAUCGCUGGGCGACAAAGCUGUAGUGGUGAGUUCUCAUAUAUUCUGUGUCGACUGUGCGAACGAACUAUUCAAUGCAUCUAGGCUAUGUCCAGCAUGCGAGACGUCCUUAACCGAGCCGCAACGGUAUGAUGAAUAUGACGAUCAGGUGUGCUCCCUACAUCCAUCCAAUGACUAUAAAACCUCUGUCCUGUCAGGCCUGAAUCCCACCAUCAUUCUCGAGAUUUAUGCCACCGCGGUCCUUAGAGCACUAUCAUUCUGGCAAUACCAGAUUCAUCAAGAGCAAUCAUUCCAGCAGGCAUUAUAUAGGAAUGUUUCCGAGAAGAAUGCUCAAUUGGAGAAGCGGCUUGAGAACGUGAUAAGGGAAGGUUAG